GACUUUCCGCGAAGCCUCGUUCGGUGGAUUCGGUGAAUUUGACAAGUCUCGGAGAGCGGCGAGUCGCGUCGAGAGGUUAACGGCGAAUAGCAGAGCCUUUCGUGGAAAAUCGAUUAAAUCCAGGCAGACCGUGUAAAGAGAUUCGACUACGUUCAUGUCGUCGCGUGAUCGUCGCUAUACGCUAUAGAUAGACAGGUAGAGAGAGGAGAGAGGAGAGAGGAAGAGAGAGAGAGAGAGAGAGGGAGAGUAGUUCGGCCGAUGGCGGCGGCUGUCAACUCACGGAUCUCGCUCUACGCUCGAACGGUUCCCGGCGCUUUCUCGGAAAAUCUCGCCUGUUCCGAUCUGAAAAUAGCCGCGCGCUCGCGUUGAAUGCGCGCGACACGAUUUAUGAGACCGCGCGACUGAGAAGAGCCUCUUAUAUGACAUCGGGCAAGGAAACAAUGGGUGAACAACCAAUAUUUACGUGCAAAGCGCAUGUAUUUCACAUUGAUCCCAAGACAAAACGAUCUUGGGUACCUGCAUCAUCAGCAGCAAUAUCAGUAUCGUUCUUUUAUGAUUCUACUAGAAGUCUGUACAGAAUAAUAUCAGUUGAAGGAACAAAGGCUGUCAUAAAUAGCACAAUUACACCAAACAUGACUUUCACAAAAACGUCACAGAAAUUUGGCCAGUGGUCGGAUGUCAGGGCGAAUACUGUAUAUGGUUUAGGUUUUGCAUCUGAGGCUGAAUUAGGAAAGUUUAUCGAGAAAUUUCACGAGGUGAAAGAAGCCACAAAACUAGCUAACGCUAAGUUACAGUCGAAUAGUUCUUCAGUUACGCCAGCUACCAGUGCGAAUGUUAGUCCUAUUACAUCACGAUCGGGUAUGCCAUCGUCGGAACAAGAUCUCAUCGAUCCACCAAACUCUUCGAUGAUUAACUCCAAUGUAUCAGCGUCAAACAACCCGAAUCCGAAUGCCAAUAUGAUAUCCGCUCAGAACAGUGUAUCUUCGGUAAGCAGCAGUCCUUUACCUGGUAGUUGUCAGAAUAAAGUGGACGAUGAAUUGAAAAACACAGUCCAUUCAAGAUCACAGAGUGUUUCUCAGCAGUGUACAGAAAGUCCGCAGCAUCAAGGAAAAUCGGCGCAACUGAGCUCUACACAAGGUGGACAGUCGGCUGAAGUGCAACUCAAGUACGAGAAUGAUAGGCUGAAACUUGCUCUAGCUCAGAGUUCUGCUAAUGCAAAGAAAUGGGAGAUUGAAUUGACUACCCUUAAAACCAAUAAUGCAAGAUUAACAAGUGCGUUACAAGAAUCCACAGCUAAUGUUGACGAAUGGAAGAGACAGUUACAAUUGUAUAAAGAUGAAAAUGCCAAAAUAAAAGCUAAAUACGCCGAUUUAGAAGCUGGAAAAAUCGCGGAAGGAAAUAGCGAAGCCUUAAGAUUGAGAGUUGAAGCAUUGGAAUGUGAGCUGAGAACGCGAAAUGAUGAAAUCAAAGCUCUCACUAUGGCCACUAAGGGUAAAGAUCUUGUGGCUUUACAAAAGGAGAAUACAGAAAUUCGCGAAAUGUUAAAUGUAGUUCAUGAACAAUUAGAACUUGCAUUGAGUGCAAAUAAGGUUCAAAAACAAAAUUUGGAUACAUUAAAUGCCAGAUUAGCUGGUUACAUACAAGAUUUGGUAACUGUACAUCGAGAAAUUACAAAUACAUUGCAAACUUAAGUUUGCAUCAUAGGAAAACCUAAGAAUGCCUUUCUUAGGUCUUUUGUAUCUACUGUAAGCACGAUGUACGAAUGGAUGACAUAGAUUAAUAACAAAGGGAGAA